CCGAAUCAUUACGUUGGAGUCGAUCGCAUCAUUUGUCGCGAUGUUUCUCAACUCUUUUCCAAAAUUUGACCAGGUCGUUGGAGUCGUGACGGAAGAUCCCGUGUCGUCGGGCCGUCGAAUUGAGGCUCCUGCAAAGCUCGGGUCCAGACCAUUGGCUAACUGUCUCGCGAUGCUUUUGUCUCCGAAGCGCGAAGAUUCCAACGAAAAUUGCUUCUGCAAUGGGACAGAAUAAUUCUUUUGCGUAUCUGUCGAUAACGACGUGUGCGAGGAGAAAAACGAGCGAGAGCUAAAUAGCACGUGAAGUCGCGCGGGGGAAAAGUCCCGCAACGAGGCCAACUCGUAUCUCCGGCGAAAGGUCGGAGCCCACCCACUUCAAAAUGGCUGCAAGUAAUUUACACAAAUUUCGAGAACGUUUCCCCUCGCCGAGUGCAACAGGGCGAGCUUCCGAAAAUGCCAAUGACAACGCACCAGGAGAACAUAAUAAUUAACAGGAACGACAACGACGUCGAAGCUGCGAUCGGAGAUGUCGACCGGAAGAGACGAGAUGACAUAACUUCGUUCGGGGGAACAGGCACGCCGCCGUCGGGAACGCGUGCACGAGGAAGAGGAAAAGAGAAAACGUGCGCCGCAGUCGAGAAGGAUAUGAGCAGAGCGCACAUCAAACGAAGAGAUUGCGUCGUUCGCCAGGACUUUUUUUUACCGAACGGGACUCACCGGCCUCGGAUUCAGCGGCUCACUGUGUGCAGUUUUCGUUAAAUUCGAGCCCACAUUAUUGGACUUGUUUCAGACGAUCGCAUCCUACCAGCGGGAGCUCCGUUGCUGGCGUUUUAUAUUAAGCUUUAUACACUCGCAUGUAUACGUGCAGAGAUCGCGGAGGGAGACAGGCCGGUGAUUGUUGCGAGAACCCGCCCGGCGCGUGAUCGGGCUACGCCGCGCCAGCUGGAGCGCACCAAUUUCGCGGGAGAUUUUGGCGACGUAAAUACACGAAUACGAACACGCUCGUACGGCGACUCGCGAGUGCGAAGGAUCCUCCGAGCUGGGAGCGAGACAGCGCUGCGGAAUCCGAAGGUUUUCGUAGUUAGGAUAACCGACAAGGAACAAUGAGGCAUUUGUGUAUGAGCGAGGGAGAUGGAGACACAGAUUAGGGCUUCUGUAUACACAGAAAGCAGAGGGAGAGAGGGGGGGGGGGGCAAAGUUCAAGAUAGUUCAGGGCCGAGUAUGCGAGAAUAGUUUUGCGUGGAGAAUGAGAAGAGACGAAGAGCAGAGGCGUCUCUCGUUCAUUACGAUCGCGCAGUGGGGCAAACCACGCGGGACGUACAAAAGUUUUUUGAAAAAUCUAGCGCAGGUUCGAUCCCUCUGAAAAUCUCAGUGGGCCAGAGAAAAACGUCGAAAUUCAUUGAGCUCUGUCCGGAGUGAUGAAACUCUCGGGAUAUUUGAAACACACUGCAAAAUUGUCGGUUUCAUUCGAAUCGGUGCGGAGGAUUCGAUCCUCGGGAAAAUCACGGCAUUUCACUGAGGUCCUCAGUUUUUAUGCGAGCGGAAAUUUCGCUCCGAACGCAACGGCAAACAGUAACAGCGUUUCGAGAAACAUGGAAAAAAUGGUCGGGCUCACAUCGAAGCUUUCGCUGGCUCGGUAUCACUCGUGUAACUACAGAAAUUAUCACCUUUUGAUUAUUUCUAUUAAACUGGAAAGAGUCGAAAAUUCUGACACUUGUCUCGCCGGCUUGAAACUCUGCGUUUCGUGUACUGGAACGACCAACGGUCUAUCGGCGAUUAAAGAACUCUGCUGGUUCAUUACGAACGAGAAUCUAAUGUGGGUCGAAAUUUCAUGAAAAUUUGUUGUCACAGUAAAUGCAUUAUCCGUUCCGUGGCUCUUUCGUAAAUUUUUUUAUCAACUGAGCCCUCAAAAGGCCGCUGAAAUUGCAUCGAAAGUUUUUUUCCUUUGAAUCGUUUUCUCGCUUUAUCCCAAAACUACGGAAUCCAAUUGGUUUUUCGUCCUGUACACGAACCGAGGAUGCUGAAAAUUUUAUUGUGUAAACAACAGCAUUUGGCGCACGCAGUUCCCUUUUGGGCUGUCUCGGAGAGUCUGCGUAUUCAGUCGCUCCCGGGGAUUCUGCAAACCGAUUCGCGCCAUAAGUACUCGAGAAAAAUUCGACGAAUUUUUACUAAUUUCGCGUAAUAAAUAUUUUCGGAGAUGAAAAAAAAGAAAAAAAUACGCUGAAAACAUGCGCGAUGAUGAAAUCGAUAAAUUAACGUGACAAGAUACGUAUGUGCGUCAUCCAUUAUUACACCGAUUAAUUUUUUCGUUAUCCGAUCACACAAAUUUAACUCAAAUUCAAAUAUUUUUAUCACCAUAAGCCAAAUAAGCUAUUCCAGUAGUGAGCAAUCGUAUAAUUUCGUCAAAAUAUCGUUGAGUGUUUGUCUUUAUACGAUAAGGGGGCUCAUUUGAACGUACUUAUGGCAGAAUAGCAACAAGUAUUUUUCGGUUUUAUCAUUUUCUAUUGAACCUCAACCAAUAUUCCUUAUAUCGAAUUUUAUUUACCAACGAAAAAAUUAGAUAACGAUGGCUCUCUGAAAUAUUCGUUUAUUUACAAACGAGUAUAUAAGCUGAUUAAAGAUUCUACUCGAAAUUAUUGUCUGCCAAGCAACGAGAGGAGAAGCAAGAAGCAUCGCCGGAAUGUCGAAACUGGAAAUUUUUCUUUGGGCUGCUACCACCGUCGUCUUCGCACUCACAACGAGUACAAGUUCAAAGUCGAUGAUCGCGAUUUCUAACUCGUCUAAGCAAGCACAAUACUUCAUAAAUACCUUCUUGAAGGAUGUGAAUGCAAGCUUGAUAGAUGACGUCCAAGAUUUUGCACGAGAUAUAGAAAACAGAUACACGAACGCUCGUCCCUUGAUCGACGCCGUGAUUUCCAGCGCAACAAAGCAGAAGAAACUCCGAUGCAGAAGUUAUUUUAACCGUUACGAACGAACAGGGAAGGCCGUUAUCGAGAUUUUGAAAAACCUCUACCCUCGAGCAUUCGAGAACGGAGUCCAAACGUCCAAAGAGAAGUUUUUUGGUGACUCUAAAAACCUGGAAAACCUGACUGACAAAAUAAUUCAGCAACGUGAUCAGUUAAGUCGAAAAGUUCGAAGUGUACGGUGCACUGGAAGAAAUUGUGACAUUCGAAAAUUAAAUAAUCACAAAAAACUUUUCAUCAAUGGAGCCACUUUCGAAAACCCCAAGUACCGUUCAUUUUGCAUACAGGAGCAUCAACUCUUCAACAAAACUAUGAACUGCUUGGAGAUUUCUUUUUUCCACUAAAGCUAAAUAUUAUAAUCAUUUCCCACGACUCAAUAUUAUGAUUGUAUAUGUUUAUUGACUGAUCAUUAACGAUCAUUUGAAUGAUUUUCCGGCCAUAUUUAAUAAAGAAUCAUGUUCACACA